AUGGAGCUUACUUGGCUCGCUGAUACCCCCCAGUCGCGGAGUCGUGCAAGAGCCCUGCGAGCAUGCGCCAAUUGUCAACGAAGAAAGAAACGUUGUCGUCAUUUCUCGACUCAUUUAGGAACCGAAAUUGGCCUGUCCGGUUCAAGGCAAGCCCGCACCAACAACCAUAUUGAACACGGCGGUAGAGGAUUUACCAGUGACAGUCGCUCAGCCUCUACGUCGGCCAUACCUGUGACUUCUAGGGUUUCUCAAACGGAGCGUUUUGUAGGAGAUCUAAAUCCUGAAGCUUUCAUUCGCGAAAAGUUGAACGGUCCAUCUGAAAGUCCUUUUCGUGAUCGAAUUGGGCUAUGGAUCAGCUCCCCCGCUGUACAAAAUGAUGAUGGAACUAGCGAUCGUUUGUCCAAUGCAGAGACUGCUGUCGCAGGCCAGCCAGCUGCACGAACCCCAGAGUCUCCAUCUAUAGCAUCCGUGCUGCAUCGACAGCAUGUGUCUGCCAUCAGAGCAUGUGACCGUCUGCCCCUUACGACAAGAGACCGGUUGAUUUCUAUCUACUUUUCCAGAGUUAACCAUAUUCUCCCGUUACUCGACAAGGAUUCCUUUCUUCGCGCCUACUCCGAAGGCACAGCAUCCAUAUUUCUUGAAAGAGCUAUGUGCCUUGUUGCCGCCAAAGACAAGGCAUCUAGUUCUUGUUUGCGCCUAGUUGUUGAUGGACCUGUUAUGCCAUCUCGUCAAUUCUGUUCCGAGAUACAUAAAGGACUUGUCGCCGCAAUGAAUGCUGGACUGGAGUCGGACCGAAUCGUUCGCAUUCGCAUUCUGGCAUUAAUGUCUUUACAUUGCGAAGGCUACGAAGGCGCGGAAGUGGCAGCCAUGCAUCUUUGUCAGGCUAUCCAUCAGGCACAGACUGCAGGCCUCCACCUAGAUCGGCCUGGUCGAACACCAGGUGACUCCCUUUCGAGGCUUUUUUGGUGCCUGUGGACCCUGGACAAGAUGCAUGCAGGAAUAGGUGGUCGUCCCAUUAUCGUGGCAGAUCGUGAUAUUGGAAUCGUGAAGCCGGAUAUCAAAGACCCCUCUAUCUCUCGGUCAGCAUUCGACAUUUGGCUUGCUAUCUCUGACUUGCUGUCAACCGUCAUAUCUUUUUAUAGGCCAUCUGCAGAAAAUACUGUUGGAUGGGAAGACAACUUUCCGACUUUCGAGGAUAUUGUAGGUGAACAUGUUCCAGAUGAUCUGGACUUUAGCACCCUGGGAUCUCUAGAACUCUAUUACCAUGCAGUUGGCAUUCUCUCCUGCAGGUCUACAUUACCUGAUCGCCCUGACGGUUCCAGUACAUCCAGUAUUCGUCAAGGUCUUGCUGCCGUCCGAAUAUACUCUAUUGUCGCCUCCGAAUGCGCGCAGGAUCUGCCUCCUCUUCCCAUUGUUCCGUACGCACUUGCUCUUUCCAUGGGCGUAUCUUACCAACAGUUUCGCUCGAGUAAGCUCAUUACACAUUUUGAUCGAGCCAAGGCCAGCUUGGUAGCAUGUUGCUCCCUACUAGAAGGGCUUGGUGUCUACUGGUACUCUGCAGAAGCGAUGGCACGGUUGGGGCGCAAAGCCUUACAUCAAAUCGAAGGGGCUAAAGUUGAAUCUCGAGGCUACGUUCAAGAAGCUAAGCAAAAAGCACCAUCUGGUCGAACUAAUAAUGCGAGCGGUUUGGAAUCAAGCCAGGAAAAUAAUACUGCUUUUUUUAGCGUCCCUUCAAGCGCCCCAUCACAUAACAGCGUUCCAUUUGGGAAUUUGGAGUCACAGCUGUUUCCUGGCCCUGAUGAAACCGGUCACGAUGGGUUUGAAGAUAUCGACAUGCUCUUCGAUGAUUUUCUAGAUCUGUCUCUUCCCACCAAUUUCUGGGACCCCGUUUUUUUCACGGAUAAUAAUAAUUCUGGGGCUGGAGACUAUGCUAAGUGA